GCGCAACUUUUAGCAGACAACAAGUCAUCAAGAAGAUUCACUGCAAACAGUAGUAUACUUUACUAAACAUCAAGAACAAAAUGGGUUGCAAAGGUUGCGGAAAUAACUGCCAGUGCUCGGCCACCAAAUGCGGCGACAACUGCGCCUGCAGUCAGCAAUGCAACUGCGUCUGUAAAAAUGGACCCAAGGACAAAUGCUGCUCCAACAAAAAUUAAGUGGCUUUGCUUAAACAACACCUUCCACUGGCAAUGAAUUUUAACAAUUAUCGAACAUUCUGCAAAUUAAAAUUGUAAUCUUAAUAUAUUAGAUGAAUAAAAAAGUCCAUGGUAAAUGUUUAAAAUCAAA